CCGCGGCGCCCGGGGCGAAUUAGGACUUAGAUACUCUGGCACCAUGACGCUGAGGCUCUUGGAAGACUGGUGCAGGGGGAUGGACAUGAACCCUCGGAAAGCACUGUUGGUUGCCGGCAUCCUUCCGACCUGUGGAGUGGCAGACAUCGAGGAGGCCCUGCAGGCUGGCCUGGCUCCCCUGGGGGAGCACAGACUGCUUGGGAGGAUGUUCCGGAGGGAUGAGAACAAGAAUGUAGCCUUGAUAGGGCUUACGGUAGAGACUAGCAGUGCUCUGGUUCCCAAGGAGAUACCUGGGAAAGGGGGCGUCUGGAGAGUGAUCUUUAAGCCUCCUGAUGCUGAUAACGAGUUUCUAUGCAAAUUAAAUGAGUUUUUAAAGGGGGAGGGCAUGACGAUGGGUGAAUUGACCCGAGUUCUUGGGAAUAGAAAUGAUGCUCUCAGCCUAGACCAGGGCAUGAUCCCUGAAAUGCGAGCCCCCAUGUUGGCACAGGCAUUAGAUGAGGCUCUUAAGCCUACCCUGCAGUAUCUGAGGUACAAAAAGCUGAGUGUAUUCUCAGGCAGGGAUCCUCCCGGACCGGGUGAAGAAGAAUUUGAGUCCUGGAUGUUUCAUACUUCUCAGGUAAUGAAAACAUGGCAGGUGUCGGAUGUAGAGAAAAGAAGGCGGUUGAUAGAGAGCCUUAGAGGUCCAGCAUUUGAAAUUAUUCAUGUCCUCAAGAUAAACAAUCCUUUCAUUACAGUUGCAGAGUACCUGAAGACCCUAGAGACAAUAUUCGGGAUUAUUGAUAAUCCCAGGUCAUUGCAGGUCAAAUACCUUACUACUUAUCAGAAGGAUGGUGAAAAGCUGUCAGCAUAUGUUCUAAGGUUGGAGCCUUUACUACAGAAAUUGGUACAGAAAGGAGCAAUUGAGAAAGAAGUAGUGAACCAGGCCCGCCUAGACCAAAUCAUUGCUGGGGCAGUGCACAAGACAGUUCGAAGAGAACUUGGACUGCCAGAGGGUGGCCCUGCGCCAGGUUUACUUCAGUUACUGACGCUGAUAAAAGGCAAGGAGGCAGCAGACGAGGAGGAAGAGGUCCUUCUUCGGGCCGAGUUAGAAGGGUACUUCACUUGAGCCAAGACCAGCAAGUAUGUCACGAUGAGCAGAACAUGAUGGAGGAAUUCCUUUCCGUGGUCGCCCGUUCCCACUUGUGCUGCUAAAGUAACUUAUCCUUUGUUGUGUUCAGCCUAUUGAAUGUCUCCCCAAUGUAUUUAUUACUGACAUGAACAAAGUCAUUCUGCACUGGUAAUUAUUUAAAUCAGAAGAGCAGGCAUUCUACUAGUGCAGUGUGUCAGGAGGCCAGACUAAGUUCACUUGCAUGUGUAAUAGUCAUGUGUGACCAUGCUAUCACUUAUCAAUAGUUUUCAAGUGUUGCCCACAUUUAUGGUGAAGACCCUGAGCCAAGGCUGGCUAAGGUAUUCAUGUUUUUUUUUAAUAUAUAUUAUAUAUCAGUUAUUGUGUGCAAUCAGAAAGCACAAUUGAAUGCUGAGGUGAAGUCUACAACAGCUAUCUUUAGGUUUGUGAUGUAUCUGAUGUGUUGUCAGAAAAGUGGUUCUAAAUGUCAUUUUCUUGGUGUUACAAAACUAAAUAAAUAAAGAAAUGCCAAUAAUAAAA